AUGGACAAGGUCGCAAUUUCGAGGACGAACACAGCCUCGGCGACCCCGGAGGCUGGCAAAUCCCACAAGCCGGUACAUUUGCCAGCGGGGUCUCUUCAGGAAACCGUGGAAACACCCGACGGCAGGGCGGCUUCAGACCCUCUAGAGCGCUACUUUGUGAAUACGGAGCAACUAUGGACGACACUGGAACAGGAGUUUCGGCAGUCGGACUACGAGUUUGGCGUUUCUGCGGCUGCCUUGCUUGCGCAGAUACCCGAAGCGUACCGGGUGUCUGCGAAGAACUUUGAGCUUACAAGCACCCCUGAGUUUCAAUACUUGUCCCGAAAACUUGGUGCGUCCCACGACUUGGUGGAAACAGAAGCCGAACUCACGCGCUCACUCGAACGAUAUAUAAGGUUCAGCAACCGAUGCUUCGAAAUGCAGGUUGCAGCCGAAGACCCAUCGGCACCAACGCUGCGUAGAUGCACGAGCUUGGGUGCUGUGGCUGAGACGGAGUCCUCGCUUCGGGACUUGGUGAGUGAGUUGUCAUCAGAAUGGCCGCGACAACUGAAAACGCUCUCCGGAGCGUUAGGCGCCCUUAACCUCAGUCGACAACGGCUCGAGCGAGAGCGACAGCGACUCGGGUCCCUCAUCGCCGUACUGGAACAGCUCAAAAGCGUUCGCGAUAUUUCGCGAGCCGCAGAGCUCUACGAAGAGCACCAGGAUCUAUUGAAAGCUGCAUAUACUUACCAGCGUCUGGAUGCGUGUGCACACGAGGUUUUUCGAAAGUGGGAUGCGGUACCGCACGCGAGUGACGUCCGCAGCGCAGGGCCAGCUGAACGCUCGGCGUCAGCAGACCGCCAGUUUGACAUUGCUGAUGUUCGUCUCGUCGAGGACUUUUCCCGACACCACAGGGCCUUGAGACGGCGACUGGGGACGGCGCUCGAGCACCAAAUCGUUGCACAAUUUCAGAUUACACUGAGUUUCGUUUGGAGUGCAGCCGCCGAACCCGCUCCACCAAUACCGACGUCGACGUCGAUGUCGACACGAACGCCCGAACGACUCACUUCUGAGCAGACUCCAGGGUCGUCUCUGGCGCUGCUUUGCACACUGCGCGAGGAGAUCACACCUUUUGUGGCGGCGCUUUAUCAGAUUGGCAUGGCAAGCGGUGCCCUGUACCGCGUAACCACAGGCCUGCUUCAUGAGCUGAACAAUAUUGUAUCUGCUGAACAGGAUGCGUGGGCAUGCGAUUCCGCGCAGGCAUUCACCACAUUCUUGUCAAAGUGUCGCACUUUUGUUCCAGGAGCCGUUGCAGUCAUCGACACGUUUUUCGAGGUGGCGAGUCAGCUGGAGAGCCUCGAGGCCUCCGGUCAUGUGCCGCACAGGUCACACGUCGAGCGUGCAGAUGUCCUCAGCGCUUUCCGCGAUGGCUUUGGAGCGCGAUUUCGAGAUGCUGUCGAUAGUGUUGUACAGGCCUGUCGACCGGCCGACUUUGAACAGGUGAGGUUUCUCCUGAAAAUUCAUGUGGAAACGCGCGAUUUUCUCAAGUUUUUGGAUCGCAUACUCGAGGUGCGGAAUGAUCGCCCCGCCGCCUCGUCCUCAGUAGUACUGGUUGAUCUGCGGGACCGCAUUCGAAAUACGAUGCAAGCUGCGUUUGAGAAAAAGCUGGAGUCCAUGCAGGUUAGCCUGAACGCAGAGCGUUGGGUUCCAGCGACAAGCACUGCAGCAUUGCAGUCUCUUUUGGAUCGCCUUGUUCGAGAUACGUCUGCUCCUUUGUAUGCAGAAUCGAUGACCAUGGAAGAUGGCAAGGUCCGUGAGCAUUCCGAAGGCCAGCCAGCGACAGUCGUGCUCAUGGGAGAGCGAUUUGUGCUUGUUGACGCCUCGCAGGACCUUUUUGAACUGUUGGAUGCGUGCGCGCUCUGCUUCCGAGACGCAUUACAUUGCGAAGAAGUUGCAUUGGCGCACGCGUUGAGUAUGCGCGUUCUCGAGGCUUUGCGGACGUUCAACCAACGGUCGCUGCAGUUAGUUCUCGGAGCAGGCGCGAUGAAGACGGCGCACCUCAAGGCCAUUACCGCAAAGCAUUUGGCCGUCUGUGCGCGCACCGUGGACCUGUUGCUCCGUCUUUUGCAUCCACAAGAGAGUGAUCGAUACCAGGGCCUCCAGAGGUGGUUCUGCCCGACGCUUCGCCAGGCGGAUGUCGGCAUGGACCCGGAUGCAAAACCCGCUUUGGAAAGGAAUAGCCCUCGUGCUGAAGACGCGGCGCGCCAGCAUGCAAUAGAAUUGUCGGAUGCCACUGCUGGGAAGCUUCAUGUGGUCCCCGGUGUGCCACAGGAGCCAUCAUCAUCACCGCAGACGGAAGGCGGUGCUGCGACAGUGCACGCCGUUCCCGAGUUGGCGACGCCAAGGGAGCCAUCCGCGCAGUCUGUCGUUCGUGACGCGGAUCUCGAACGGGCUUUUGAGCGUACGAUCGCGGAUCUGCAGGUACAUCGGGCGCAGCUGCUCAACAAGAUCGUAAUUAUCAUGCAGACUCGCUUACGAAAUCGCAUAGCGGAGCUUCGACGACUACCCUUGGAACAGUACGCAGUGGUCUCUGAGACAGGGUGCGCUGCACCCAGCACUUGGGCAUCUGCUUUGAUUCGAGAUAUCACCACGCUGGAGCGCAUCCUGAGUUCUGUGCUGCCGACCGUUGCGCUUCGAUCCCUGUUUGAACAGAUUAUUGCCGCGUAUUCCCAGAAUCUUCGGGCGGAAUUCGUCCGGCUAACUGAAGAGUAUCUCGGUGGGAAUCGCGGGCCGUCAACGAAUGUGGAAGCAGGGGCGGUUCCACCCCUGGGCACCAUGCUGAACCAGGUCGCCGCGGAUGCCACGGCCCUGGCGGAGGCUGUUCGGAACCUUGUGAGCUCCCUGAAUGCGAAUAUAAGUGAGAGCUACGUUGCCGAUUUCGAUGCAAUCGCACAUACGUACCAUAAUCUUGCUGAAAAGCACGCAUCUGCUUCGUCGCCCGUUGACCCAGCUGAAGCGCCUUGUGCGGCUACCACUGGAGGCAGUGCGUGCGAAAACGAGGUCACGCCGUCCACGGAUCCCAUUGAAGGCGACGCGCGCUGA